AUGCUAGAACCAGAGUACGUAAUUCCCUGUCGCAAAACCAUUUCCGGCAGAAUUCAUGCCAUGCAUAAUAACGAACUAGAGAAAGUUAAAAAAACUCUUAGUUCUGCAUCUGAUAUAGCUUUGACAACUGAUUGCUGGACAUCAAGAGCCACGCGAUCGUACAUGGGACUCACAGCUCAUUAUUUAGAUUCUAAUUGGACUCCUCGCUCAUUAAAUUUGCUCACCGAAGAAGUGACUGAAAGUCAGUCAGCUGCGAAUUUGGAGGACUCGCUUCGAAUUGGCAUGGAAGAAUGGGAAAUCACUGAAAAAGUCUCAACUGUUGUACACGACAAUGCCAAAAAUAUAACAAAUGCUGUUCGGGGUUUGAGUACUGAUGGCAUUACCAGUCAUCCAUGUAGUGCACAUACACUUCAAUUGAUUGUUAAUUUAGGAAUGAAGCUACCGCAAUGUGCAGAAAUCAUCCAAAAGGUUUCAAAAUUAGUAACGUGUUUCAAGAAUUCAAGUAAACGCACAUAUGCUCUGGAAAAACAUUUAACACAAACUGAACAUACAGUCAGAAAACUCAUCCAAAGUUGCCCAACUAGAUGGAAUUCAGCACUUUUUAUGUUGGAAAGAGUUAAAGAGCUUAGAUCUUCUAUUGUUGCAGUAAUUGCUGAUCGUUCAGUUUUCGAUAAUAAAACCGCUCAAAAUAUUGCUAUUUCAGAUAGCGGCUGGGAUUCAAUUGAUGUGCUGAUAUAUUUACUUACCCCUUUCCAAAUUGCAACAACUGUUCUUAGCAGUGACAGCGAGAUUACAAUUUCUAAGGUAAAACCCAUCAUUCAUAAAAUUAUAACUAAACAUAUGAGAUCGGAAAAAACUGAUACGAAGCUGGCAAAGACAUUCAAAGAAAAAGUAGUUGCAGAUUUGAGAAGCCGUUUUCAUUUUGAAGACAUUGAAGAUCCAACUCAGGAAAACAUCAGUAUUGCACAUUUGGCGAGCUUUCUUGACCCGCGUUUUAAGCAGUUGAAGUACGUUGAAUACGAUGCUUUUCGAGAAGAAAUAAAAAAUUACGUGAAAAAAGAAUACAAUCAAAUAGGUGCUAUUGUCAUGAAUGACCAAAAAGCUUCAACGGAAAAUAAUGAUUUCACGGCCUUGGAUGUACUGCUAAAUGAUAAUGAAAGUGACACAAGUGAGGAGGACGAAUUUCAGCACUAUGUAAUAGAAGAACAAAUAAACCACAACCUCAGUGUAAGCUAUUGGUGUAAAGAUCAUGAAAAAAUUUAUCCCAAACUGUCGAAACUCGCCAAGAGAUAUUUAGCGGUACCUGAAGUGGCUUCAACAGCAUCAGAAAUGGUAUUCUCAAGUUCCGGGAAUGUGGUACGUCCAACACACAAUUGUUUGUGUUCGGAAAUGAUCUCGGCACUGGUUUUCUUACACCAAAAUAAGAAAAAAUGA